AUUGCGCACACGCUUAACGCUGCCGUGUCUUUUGUUUUUCUUCCCGUCUUCAAUUCGCACUUUGUUGUGACCUUGCGACUAGUGUUCUCCGUCAUGACGCCUUCACCAGAUUCUCAAACCUCCUCUUCGGGAGGUACAUGUCCCGUUGACCACUCUUCUUUUGCGUCCAUUGCUGGGAAGCGAUCAGCACCCUCUUCGUCGACCUCCGCCUCUUCCUCAGGAGGCGGCUGCCCUGUCGACCACACCUCCUCCCACAUCAACCCUCUCAAUAUGAUGCCCAACCUCCCCCAAACCCCUUCUCAAGGCCAAACGGUCAACCUCUCCACCGAACGCACAUCCUCCUCCAUUCCCCGCCAAGACGUCCAAGACAAGACAUGGGACUACCCUUCCCCACAACAGUUUUACAACGCGCUUAAACGAAAAGGAUGGGAAACCCCGGAACAUGAGAUUCCUACCAUGGUUGAUAUUCAUAACUUUUUAAACGAGGCUUGCUGGGGGGAGGUCCUCAAGUGGGAAAAAAUGUUUCACUGUGACUGCAAGGAUGUCAAGUUGGCAAAGUUUCAGGGUAGACCGCAGGACCUGACACCUAAGGCAAGGAUGUACAGCUGGUUUGGAGUGGACAAGCCCUUUGAUCGCCACGAUUGGACGGUUGAUCGCUGCGGACAGCAAGUGCGCUACGUCAUUGACUACUACUCUGCCCCCGAUGAAGCGCCGGGUGUUCCUGCCUUCAAUGUGGAUGUAAGGCCUGCUUUGGAUAGCCCAUCUGCUCUGUUUGAUCGGGCAAGAAUGGGUGCGAGACGCGUGUGGGAGAGGUUUUUUGGUGGUGAUGCGAUGGAAGGAAGUCAAUCAUAGUACUUUGAGCGUUGAAAGUUCCUAUCAUUAAGUUCUCCAACCUAUGCUGCAGAUUGCUGGCAUUUAAUAGAUAUUCUACAUAGAGCGUGUUAAAGGU